UAGUGGGGGAAAUGAGAGGAAGCUGUCUUCACGCUCCUUCAAUGGGAAUGCUGGUUCUGAGUUCAACCCAAAACAUAAAAUAAAAGAGCUCUCUCUCUCUCUCUCUCUCUCUCUCUCUUGCUUUCUCUUGGUUUCUCUCUCUUCCUCACCAAAGAGAGGAGGGAAAUCACAGAGGGAGGGAGAUCUCCUUCUCUUUCUUUCUUUCUUUUUUUUUUUUUUUCGUUUUUGUUCUUUUUUAAUCGUUUCAUCUCUGAAGUUUUCACGGCAUUGUUAUUAAUCGGCUUCCAACAUGAACGAUCUCUUAACGGAUUCUUUUGUCAUCCCUCGGGAGGAAACUUCUCGAAAUGGGGAUAUCGAAAUGGGAACCCAGCAACCAAUGAAUUCAGGAGAACUAGGCCUGGACAAUUUUUUUAAAAAGGUGCAAGAGAUUGAGAACCAAUAUGAGAAAUUGAAUAAGCUACUUAAAAAACUUCAGGAUGCUCAUGAGGAGUCAAAGGCUGUAACCAAGGCCUCUGCUAUGAAAGCAAUCAAGCAGCGGAUGGAGAAGGAUGUUGAUGAAGUUGGGAAAAUUACUCGUGUUAUCAAAUCAAAAAUUGAGGAACUGGACAGAGAAAAUUUAUCCAAUAGACAGAAACCUGGAUGUGGAAAAGGGUCCGCUGUUGAUAGAUCAAGAACAGCGACAACAGUUUCAUUGAAAAAGAAGUUCAAAGACAAGAUGACUGAGUUUCAGAAUUUGAGAGAGAGCAUCCAUCAAGAGCAUCGUGAGGUCGUAGAAAGACGUGUAUUUACAGUUACUGGAAAUCGAGCAGACGAAGAGACUAUCGAUAAACUUAUAGAGACUGGGGAUAGCGAACAAAUCUUCCAGAAAGCAGUUCAGGAUCAAGGACGUGGGCAGAUCAUGGACACGCUAGCAGAAAUUCAAGAACGUCAUGAUGCUGUUAGAGAAUUGGAGAGGAAACUUCUUGAAUUGCAACAGAUAUUCUUAGACAUGGCAGUUUUAGUAGAUGCUCAAGGGGACUUGCUUGAUAACAUAGAGACACAUGUUUCGAACGCGGUAGACCAUGUGCAGAGUGGAAAUGUGGCCCUUCAAAAAGCGAAGACACUGCAAAGGAAUUCCAGGAAAUGGAUGUGCAUUGCAAUCCUCAUCCUUCUCAUAAUUGUCGCAAUCAUAGUCGUGGGAGUGCUUAAGCCGUGGCAGAACAACAACAAGGGUGCUUAGAUUUUUCUACUCCUCCUCUAUGGGAAAUGUAUAAAGAUACGAGGGAAAAGAUAUAUAUAUACAUAUUUUUUGUAUUAUACUAAUAUUCUAUUCUCGAGCUGUUGGAGUCUGGGCUUGCCUGCUCCAUUCUUGAGUGUAAUUUUCAUCUCAGACGAGUAAUUGUUUUCUUUACGGAUCCAUUGAUAUACAUCAGCCUGGUUUCUGUAAUAUUUGGAGCUAUAUAUUUAUUCA